CCUGAGCAGGGGCGGUCUUUCUUCCAGUUUUCUGAAACCUUUUAAAAAAAACACCUAGGGCUUCCUUCGGGACCCCAAGCUUUCUAACGUCUGGUAUUCCCUUGGCUUCUUGGAGCAAGUGUCACAGGACAGAUCUGUAGACAGCCAACAAAAGGUAACCUGGAGGAAUGACGGAGAGCAUGUAUUCCUGGUGCCUGCGGCAGUGAGGGUGAGAAGUUCCAGGAUGCCUUCAUCUCUGUAAGAAACACUUCGGAGAUGUCUAUUUUUCAGGACCUCCCUAUGGGUCAUACUGUUCUCUGCUCUGGGAAAGAUGGUGUGUUCCCUGGACUUCUCUCUGCCAAGAGACCUCUUCUUUAUCCUGCUUCUCCAGGUGUCCAUAUGGGGCUCAGAUUCCUUUUUGGUGAUUGGUCCCUCGGAGCCCAUUGUGGCCAUGCUGGGUGCAGACACGGUGCUGCCCUGCCGCGUGUCCCCAGCCGUGAGCGUGGAGAAUAUGGAGAUCCGGUGGUUCCACUCCCAGUUCUCAGAUGCUGUGUAUGUGUAUCAGAAUGGAAUGGAGCAGGCGGGAGAACAACUAGUAGAUUUCAAAGGGAGAGCAGAGUUGGUGAAAGACUACAUCACUGAGGGAAGAGUAGCUGUGAGAAUCCACAGCCUCCGGGUCUCAGACAAUGGAAUGUACAAGUGUAUUUUUAAAAAAGGAAGUGAUUUUGAAGAAGCCCUUUUGGAGCUAAAGGUGAUAAGUUUGGGUUCUGGUCCUCAUAUUUUCAUGGUGGGUCCAGAAGAUGAAGGAAUAAGGCUGAAGUGCACAGGCAAGGGAUGGUUUCCCCAGCCUGAAAUACAAUGGGAAGAUGCAAAGGGAGAGAAGAUCCCAUCUCUCUCUGAAGAUGAGACACAAGAUAAUGAUGGGUUGUUUCAGAUUGAGGCAUCCCUUCUUGUGAGAGACAGCUCAAAGACAGAAGUGUCCUGUUCCAUGAAGAACCCUUUCUUUGGACAAGAGCAAGUGGAAACCAUUUUUAUCCCAGAACCCUUCUUCCCUAGGACCCCUCCUUGGAAGGUAGCAUUCGUUGUGACUUUGGUGAUACUUGGGGUUUUCGUUGGUGCUGUUGUGUAUUUGGCUCGGAAAGAACGACAGAAAAAGAAGAAACUAUCAGAAGUCAAGAAGGAAAAGGAGAAAGAAAGUAAAGCCAAAGAAACAUUUGAGAAAGAGCUUGCCAGAAGGAAGAAAUUGUAUCAGCAAGACUGGAGAAAAGCAGAGUUAUAUGCUGACUGGAGAAAGGAACAGUUCAAAGCAGUGGGUUUUACUCUGGAUCCAGCCACAGCUCAUCCCAACCUCAUCUUAUCUGAGAGCGGAAAACAUAUUUAUUCAAAAAAGAGUGUUUCUCAGAAUGGUGAAGCCCCAGCACACCAAGAGCAAGGGGAGUCUGAAGCCAUCUUCAGUGUCCUGGGCAAGAUUUUUCUUACUGUGGAGAGACAAUACUGGGAGGUAGAAGUAAAUAUUGGGACAGAAGUUGGAUCUAGAACUAGAUGGGCUCUGGGUGUUUGCUCAGACACAGCAGAGAGAGAGGGGUGGUUUGUAGAAUGUCCAGAGAAGAAUUUCUGGGUGGUGGUAUACAAGGCAGGAGAAUUCAUAUUUCCUACCUCCCAGAGAAAGUCUCUGUCACUGAGGCAGCACUCCUGCAGGAUAGGAGUUUUCUUGGACUGGGAUGCUGGGAAUGUGUCCUUUUACAAUAUGAUCGAUGGGUCCCACAUCUAUUCUUUUACUGGAAUCACCUUCUGUGGGACCCUUCGUCCUUAUUUUAGCCUUCAGGGUGCUGGCGCAUCUUUGACCAUCUGCGCAGCUUCAGAUCACACUGAAAAUUGUCCUGAUUCUUCUCCAAAGACCUCUCUAACUCAUUUAAGUUGUUGUGAUACAAGCAUCCCCCAAGAAACUAACUCUCUAUUACCUCCAUAAGAAGUGAAGUGUCAGCACCUCUCUGCCUCUGCUCAAGCUUCUUAUAGGUAUGUUGUCCAAGAAAGCUCUUCUUCUUGAAGAGUAGGUCAUUCUCACUAGGUAUAAAUCGACCCCUUUCAAAGAAAGGUAGAGGGAGAAAGAGAAAUGGCACAGCUAGAAGAUGUCUGGGGGAAUAUCCUCCAGUGUUCCCUUUGGGGAAAUACUCUUUCUGGGCAGCACCGAUUUGUCACGAGAAAGCUCCAAGUUAAUUCAUGGGCCUUUCUUCAGUUCUGGUACUUACUGUGUUUUGAAGUAAAUAUGUUUAAAGCUACAUUUAAA